UAAAGUAUUUCAACACACACAUCAGCAGUGAUUAGUCUUGUUUGUAGGCUGAGUCCUCAACAAAUGCUGAAUGGGCUGGACACGUUUCAGACCCAGACCCAGAGAAGAUGUCUGAGGUGUUUUUGUUGAUGCCUGUUAAUGAUUCCGAGCCACCUUUUGACUUAUUCAUAGUCUUAGCUAGUAUAUGUGCUUCUCCCUGUUUUCUACAACAGUGAACUGAACAGCCUCUUCAACAACCAGUGCAAUCCCAUGCUGGGUGUGACUGUGUCAGGCUGUCUGUCUGCGAGGUGUACCUGGGUCUUAACUGAGAACAGGAGAAAAACAGAGGGAACAGAAAAAGGAUCUAAGCAUGGUUCAUGCUGCGGCUAUGGCUCAGGGGAAAAAGAGACCAGCAGUCCCCCCUCCUGAUGGGGGCUGGGGCUGGAUGAUUGUGGCCGGCUGCUUCUUGGUCACUGUCUGCACACGUGCCGUCACCAGAUGCAUCUCCAUCUUCUUUGUGGAGUUUCAGAUGCACUUUGGAGCGGACUAUUCAGGGACAGCCUGGAUCCACAGUCUGGUGGACUGCACCACUAUGCUGUGCGCUCCUCUAGGCAGCUUCAUUGGGAACCGUCUGUCGUGCCGCAUUGCUGUGAUCCUUGGUGGCUUUCUGUCCUCUAUCGGCCUGGUCCUCAGCUCUUUCGCUACCAGCCUGGAGUACCUGUACCUCACCCUGGGGGUCCUCACAGGUAUUGGAUUUGCCCUCUGCUACACCCCUGCCAUAGCCAUGGUGGGCUCAUAUUUCUGUGAGAGGAAAGCCCUGGCAUAUGGGAUCGCCAUGUCAGGAAGUGGCAUCGGGACCUUCAUCCUGGCCCCUGCCGUCCAGAUACUCAUAGAGCACUACUCAUGGCGUGGGGCCCUGCUCAUCCUAGGGGGUGUUGUGGCCAACCUGUGUGUUUGUGGGGCAUUACUGCGCCCUAUCACCCUGAAAGAAGAAGAGGAGGCUCAUGGUCCAGACCCGUUGGACACCGAGUGUGGAUAUGGGGUGAAAGCUCCGGUGGUUAGCAUGUUAGAGGAAUCACUGGCGAACAACAACAACAACAACAACAGCCACCGCUGCUUCUGCUUCCAGUCCAUGCAGGAGUACUGCUUCCUGCUCAUACCUGACUUCCUGAUGCUGGCAGUGAGCUUCUUGUUCCUAGCCAGUGGCUGCAGCCUACCCUUCGUCUACCUGGUUCCGUAUGCACUGGACGUGGGUGUGAGCCACCACCAGGCUACCUUCCUCAUGUCCAUCCUGGGGGUCAUUGACAUCGUGGGGAACAUCACCUUCGGCUGGCUCGUAGACAGGAGGUGCCUGAAGAAGUAUCGUAAUGUGUGCUACAUGAUAGCAGUGGGCAUGGAGGGGGUGUGCUGCCUCUUCAUCCCUCUCCUGCGGACGUUCGCCCUGCUGGUGCCUUUCUCUGUGUUUUAUGGGUACUUUGAUGGCGCCUACAUUGCCCUCAUACCUGUGGUGACCUCGGACAUUGUGGGGACACAUAACCUCUCCUCCGCCCUAGGGAUAGUCUACUUCCUACAUGCCAUUCCUUACCUGCUCAGCCCUCCAAUAGGAGGCUGGCUGGUUGACACCACAGGCACCUACACCGCCACCUUCUUCCUCAGUGGCUUUGCCCUCAUCUCCAGCUCCCUGGUCAUCAGCACGGUGACGGGGAUACGCCACUGUCGCAGGACCCAAAAGCACAGAAACAAAAAUAAAAACACAGAUCCCAAACAGGAGCCUUGCCGAUCAGACUUCUACACAGCCUCAAGUAAAGAUGUGAACCCUUUAGUCAACACAGCAAAUUCUUAACAUUGGACGCUUUUGUGUGAUUAUGCAUUUGUUUUGUUAGAAUACCAAAGUACAUUGAAGAUUAUGAGAAACGGUCAUGAAUUGGUACACAUAAUCUAGCGUGAUAGUUCAGAAUUGGGAAUGACUUCCCUCAGAUGCUAAAUGGAAGGUAAAUAAUUCUGCCGUAACCAGAUUAACUUUAGCCAAAAUAUGGACUUUAAAUAAUCUCUCUAUCAUGCCUGCGAUGUUAUUGCACAUUUUAUGUGCCUUUCUUUUUCAGGGUUGACAUGACUGCCAAUUGAAAUGUAACUAAGGAAGUUGAUAAAUGUUAAUAUCACUGAAGAUUCUGACAGGGUUAUAGUGCCUUUCUGUAAUAGAUUAUUUCUGAAGUGGACAGUCUUCAUGUUGUUUCGUAAUAUCUUAUUGUGACAAGAGAGGGCAGUCAUGAUCCAAGGCCAGUGUGGGAUGGCUCCUUUGUAAAAGUCUAUUCACAGCUGAAGGCGUUUUUUUUCUUGAGCAGAUGGUCAGGGAAGACCAAAGAGAUAGUAUUUGACUCAAACAGAAUCAUUUCGAACCUUGAUUACAAUACAAAUGAUUACACAAAUACAUAUGCCACUCUAUGCGUGGGAAUACUUGGGAAUAGAUUUCAUCAAUUAAAAUGACUUU